GGUUUUCAUUAGGAGAUGAUAUGAACCUGAAAAUGUAAAUAAAGUUUUUAGUUCAUGUAAACAAAAUACAUGGUAUUUAAACAAGCUAGGAAAUACUUAUUUUUAGCAGAAUUUUGUACCAGACGCGAUCAUGAACUGAUCAAGUUAUUGCUUUAGUUAUGUAUUGGAAGAUAACUUGGAAAGAAAGGCUUUUUAGGUAUUAGUAUCGCUUUGCACUGUAACAUUCUCCCGCAAUCUGCAAUGCCUACUUUUAUGUAUUUUAAAAUACUACAAAACAUUCAAGAGGAAUGAAGCUUAAAAUACUAAUGCAUGUAUACCAAGCAUUCUGUGAUGUGGACAUGUAAUUUGAUUAUUUUAAUAUUUAAUAUUCAAUUGGUACUAUCUCGAAAUGACCCAAAAAAUGAUCCUAGGAAUAAUGGAGAUUUAGCAUUAUGGAUAGACGAAAAACAAGUCAAAAUGUUCAGUGGGAUGUCAAUGGAAAUUUAUGCUAUAGUAAAUGGAAAUGUACUACCAUAUAUUUUGGACCCAAAUUUUGAAAAAUAUCUUCCAGUUAUUCCAUCUGAAGUUAGUUAUGUGAAUUUUACUUGGAAAGCUGGGAAUAAAAAAUACUACUACCAUUUUGAUAGACUUCAGUCUUAUGACCAAAGUAUUCUAGAAGCGCCUGUUAUUUCAAUUAAAACUAAAGGUAGAGUUCCAAGGCGUCCCAAAGAAUUUAGCAUUUUAUUACCAUGUUUGGGUAACAGUUCUGGUAUUGCUAAGUUUGGAAUUGGACUACUUAUUGAAAGCAGGAAAGGAAAACCUUUAAAUGGAACACCGUUAAGAUUAAAACUCAAAAAGGAGUGCGCUCAACGAAAUCCCGAUCCCGAAUGUGAUAAAAAAUGUGCCAACCAAGGUAGAUGUAACCAUGAAAAAAUUUGUCAGUGUCCUGAAGGUUACAUGGGACCUUAUUGCCGAACUGCAUUAUGUUAUCCACAGUGUAUGAAUGGAGGAAAUUGUACUUCCCCCGGGAUUUGUAGCUGUCCUCCUGGAUUUCAAGGAAGGCAUUGCGAAGGAGGCAUAUGCGGUGAAAAAUGUCUUAAUGGUGGAAAAUGUAUUCAAAAAGAUACUUGUGAAUGCUCUAAGGGAUACUAUGGUCCUCACUGUGAAUACUCACGCUGCAUUAUUCCUUGUUUGAAUGGGGGAAAAUGCAAAGCUGUAAAUAAAUGUCGCUGUCCAAGAGGAUUCCGAGGUGAUCAUUGUGAAAUUGGAAGGGCUAAACCAGCUAGAAGUAAUUGUCAAUUAGCCUGCAAGCAUGGUACAUGUGUAGAGGAUGCUUGUGUCUGUGAUCCUGGAUGGUAUGGCAGACUCUGUCACCACAUGAUCAUGUGAACGAGAUGUUAUCGAGACUAGACACAUAUUAUCUUAUCUACAACUCUCUUACUAAACUUCAGAUAUUCUUAAAUGUUUAUAUGUGACUCAUUAUGACAAUAGAACAUAUUGAAUAUAAAUAGCUUGUUAAUAAAUUUCUAAUUGCAUUACGAUUUAUUAUAUGUUUUAUAUAUAAAGUUUAUUGCAAGCUCUAAAUCCAAAGCAAGCCAAAAUAUUUUUGUAAAGUUUUUUAAAAAUAUUUAUAUUGAUUUUUGUGUGAUAUGACAAUUGUACGGAAUCUUAAAUAAUUUUGAAAAUAAAUGUUUCAAUAACAA